AUGUCAGACUCGCGGAAUUAUUCAAAGCAAUUUCUUACUGAAUUCUUGGAAGUCUAUCGCAGUGAACCAUGUCUUUGGAAAGUGAAAAGUAAGGAAUAUUUGAAUAGAGACAAAAAGGCCGCCGCUUAUGAGAGACUAGUCAGUGUAAUGAAGACCGUAGAUUGUGAUGCAACCCGCGAAAGUGUAGUGAAAAAAAUUAACAAUUUCUGGAGCAAUUUUCGAAAAGAACUAAAGAAACACGAAGAUUCAAAGACAUCAGGAGUUGGCUCUGAUGAUGUGUACACACCGAAGUUGUGGUAUUUAGAUUUAUUACUUUUCUUGCAAGAUCAGGAAACACCAAAGCAGUCAACAUCCAAUUUGGACAGCUGUGAGGACGCAGCCCUAUCCGAUGAAUCUAACAGUGAUAUUUCAGCUACAAAUGUCACACUUCCUACUUCUCAACAACCUGGUGAUGAUAACAUAAGUUUCUGUUCUACAUCUGCAGAGUCAUCGUAUACACGUAAACGUCCUACCACAAAGAAGAGGAAAGAUUGUUGUGAUGGUACGCAAACAGAAAAGGUCAUGUCUUUGGUCAGCGAACUCUUGCAAACGAUGACGCCAGAGGACUCAAGUGAUGUUUUCGGCAAACAUGUUGCUUACAAGUUACACGCACUAGAUGAAAACCAGCGUAUAUUUGCCGAAAAGUUCAUUAAUGAUGUUCUCUACGAAGCAUCAUUGGGAGGUCUGUCUCGUGAUUUUCAUGUGGGAAAUGUAGCGCAUAGCGUUCCUGUCACAAAUAUUACACAUCAGCCGCUCCUCACGCCAUAUGAAUCCAUGGAAAGGCAUGCAGCUGGCUGGCAACAUCCACCCUCAAAUACACAGACCACGGGAAUGGUGACGUCUGUACAAAACACUCUUUCUGCGAGUAUUGAUACGGAUGCUUCAAAGUUAGCAAAGUUUUAUUCUCAGUAUAGUGCUUAAAUUAUGUCUUAGUAUAAUUAUUGGUAACCAAUCAUUUCAAUGCUAUAGCAGUAACGUACAUUCGUCAAUGUAAUUCUCACAAUAGUGAUGGCGGUGAAAGUGUUAGGUAUAUUUGUAUAUAAGUACGAUGUGCAGCAAUAAGCAAUGUGUUGAUUUAAUACUGUUUGGAAUAUAUAUUAUGUCUACUUAAACAGUGUUAGUUUAAAUACUUUAUUUGUGAAAAUUGAGGAAGAACAUGUAAAGAGUGUGUCUGCGCAUGAUUAAGAUCUUUCUUGUUACAAUACAUUGUAUAGAAUUAUUUCUAUCUAACACAUUAAUCACAUUACUUAUCUUCAUGUACAUUUCCUGUAAUACUGCAUAAAUGGCUCUGCAUGUGUCUGGUACUAUUACACCCAAAGCUUGAGGUGAUAUUAUUGUUGUGUACUUGAGGUCCUCAAAAGAUCUACCAGUUGCGAGAAAUCGUAGUGUUGCAGUCAAACGUUCGUGCGGUGUAAUUUCAGCUCUCAUGCACGUGUCUUGUUUUCUUAUCAACGGCGAAACUAGCGACAGCAAGUCGAAGUAUUGUUCUUGAUCCAUUCGCAGGUAGUUGUGCCAAUCACUUGACUCCAAUCGCAAAUCAGACAACAAGUUUGUGUGCGAAUAUUUUUUUUCUUUUCAGCAGCCAACCCUUUGUCCACUUUGUUUGCCUCUUGUGUCUCUUUCGCUUGGCCUGCUGGAGUAUUACAUUCACAGCGAGAACUGCUAACAAUACUGUUUCUUCGUACAUUGCGGACACGAGGAAGGACCGCGCUCGCGAGGUCUUCAACACAACUGCGCUAUUCACUCAGGUAGUCCGGAGUAGUGUGUGGGCAACUCACUCGCGCAGACGAAACUGUGCAGUUUUACCUGCACAGGUAA